AUGGAGCUGGAGUCUAAUAUGAUAAAGUCUUUCUCAAAUGGUGAAACCAACAUCCCACGUGUUUAUUCUAUAGGACUCAUUUUGAAUCUUGCGGGUGAUAGCAUUGAUUUAGGGUCAGGUGGGUCCAAAAUAAAAGCAGAAAUCAUGGAGUGGCUUGAUGAUCAGCCACCAUCGUCGGUUGUGUUCCUAUGCUUUGGGAGCAUGGGAAGUUUCGAUAAGGAUCAGGUGAAAGAGAUUGCUUGUGCACUCGAGCAGAGUGGGCAUCGGUUCUUAUGGUCCCUACGUCAACCUCCACCAAAGGGUCAGUUCGCCAUACCGGGUGACUACACAAAUCCAACGGACGUGCUGCCAAAAGAAUUUCUCGAUCGAACAGUUAAGAUUGGAAAAGUAAUCGAAUGGACUCCACAAGUGCAAUCUUAA